AAAAUGUGGUGUAUUUGUUAUAAGUUCGACCAGCAUGAUGGCUGGGCAUAAGUUGCAUUUUCGAAGGAACUUAAGGAACUUUAACAGUUAGUUUGGCAUAGUCGCCAUUCCGAACGAUGGCUUCAGAAGUUGUUGCACUGUGCCAGGCGUUUGAGCAGGAAUUCGCUAAAGUCUUGGCAAUUCUACCGCCGGUCAGCGCCAGCAAACCUGACGCCCAUGACGCGCACCUCAACCAUCACCGGCUCAGCCAGCGGAUUGCUGAAAGCGUAUCGUACUAUGCUGGUCGCCUACCAGCAUACGCGAGCGUGCCGCGUAUCCUUAGCUUCGGCGACAGGCUCUUCCGGCUUGAACAGCACCAGCUCGCACUCCAAGCAUGUUACAAACAUGUCAGAGGCCUACAGCUGCACACUACUCAGGAAAAGCUUCCGCGUAUGGACAUCCUGACAAGGCUGUCGAGCCACGUACAGGCAUGCUUCGGUUGCGCGGCAUGCGAGGCCGCGCUCCUGUUGCUGGCCGACCCUCAGAUCAAGCAUCCUGACACAUUGCAAUGGCUCGUGCAGUGCCUCUCACAGCUACGUAACGCCAUAGCUCAGGCACUGCCGGACGAGCGGCUGUACUGGCUGGUCGUGAAUGGAAGCGUCCAUGUGUACAACAUCGCCAAACCCAUGAUCACAGCCGGCUUUGCAGAGCAAGCCCUCCCAUCCCUUAUCUUCUGCAUCAAGGCCAUGGAGGGCCACGUGUGCUUCGCAGCCCCCAAGUACCUCCCUUGGCGCACGCAGCUCUACACCUGGGCGGUCUUCGGGCUGGUGGAUUGCAGGGCGCCCGACCAGGCUCGCGCGCUGCUGACCGACGGCCUUAAGCGCAUAGACCAGCUGGUGGCGCUGCAGAAGCUCGACCCGGUGCCCGCCACUCCGCAGGUGCAGACGGCGCUCAACACCGCGCGCAACACCCUGGUGGGUCUGCAGCUGCGGGUGGAGGCGGCUGCGGGCGCGCCCGUGGCGCCCGUGCUGGCGCAGCUGACUGCCGGGGUGGCGGCCGCGGCGCCGGCGGCACCUGCUGCUGCGCAGCGCACCCUGGUGAUGCUGGUGGAGGCGCUGCAUGUACCGCACCGCCGGGUGGUGCGCAGCGAGCCGGCGGAGGGGCCGCUGAAGGAGCUCUUCGACGCAGCGUUCACCAUGGCGACCCCCCUGGUGGACGGCCUGAAGCAAGCCCUGGAGCAGGCGGCAGCACCUGCCGGGCCCGUGGCAGGGGCUGCGACCAGUGAUGGCGCCCCACCGCAGCAGCCGCCAGCAGCCGCAGACGAUGCAGCAGUAGCAGCACCCCCUGAUCCCGCCGCCUUGGCCGCGGCGGUGUUGGCUGCUCAGGAGCAGCUCUCCUUCGGCGUGCACAAGGGCCUCAUGUGCGCCGCCUACAACCUGGAGCAGUGGCCGCAGUUCGACCAGCUCGCCGACCUAGCGGUGGAGCGCACCAAGACGCUGGGCGACGCGGCGCCGGGCGCGGGCGACCUCGACCAGACCGCAGGGCAGCUGGCCACCGCUGCCAGCGUGCUGCUGGCGCUGCGCCGCCUCACCACGCAGCCCGGCGUGGACGCGCUGCGGCAGCUGGCGGCCGCCAUCCAGGCGGCGCUCAACCGCGGCACGCCCGUCAACCUGACGCCCGCCAGCGCCGCAUCAGCGCUGCUGCCUUCGGCGCGCGGGCCGUCAGGCAGUGGCGCGGCGGGCAGCUCGCAGACUGGCUCCGGCGCCGCUACCUCCGGCAGCUCCAAGCCCGCCGGGCUGCUGCAGCAGUCGCAUCUAGCGCCCUGGCAGCAGCUGCGCGACCUGAUCGCCGACGCCUCGCUGGCGCUGUACGGCAGCGCGCGGCCGCUGAUUGACGGCGUGUUUUGCGCGGAUGACAAGGAGGCGGGGACGGUGGCAGAGCUGCUGGCGGCUUGUCAUGCGGCUUGGUCUGCGGUGGAGCUUGAUGAUGGGGAGCUGCGGGUGAGUGUGGCGCUGAAGCUGGCGCUGCUGCUGGAGGAGGGGGAGCAGCUGCUGGCGGCCAAGGAGGUGCUGCUGCAGGCCAAGGCCACCGUGCAGCGGGCCCGAGUGGAGCACAGCGCGGCCAACCGGCGCAGCGCCGACGAGCACCUGCGCUGGAUCACCGCCUCCCGCAGCCAGCCCAACGACGACACGGCGGCCCUCGUAGCAGGUAUGACUGCCAGCGAGCAGGAGCUGGCGUGUCUGCACGUGGACGUGCUGUCGCUGCUGGCGCGCGUGGAGCUGGCGGUGGGGGUGGCGGAGCAGCAGGGGCGCGCCACGCUGCGGCGCACGCGGGUGCUGGAGGAGCAGGCGCAGCGCACCGCGCAGUCCAGCAUCUUUGGCGCGCGGAAUGCGGCGGAGGUGGCGAGGGAUGAGGCGAGGCUGGCGGCGGCGAGCGCCACGACGCCCAACCCGCAGAUGAAGGAGCGGGAGCUGCUGCAGGCGUGCGUCAAGAACCCCUACGAGCGCGCGCUGGUGAUGAUCCAGAUGACCGCCUUCCAGGGCAACGACUCGGUGCGCAAGGCGCAGCUGCUGCAGGACGCGGGCGACCUGCUCGACAAGGCGCAGGCGGCCGAGGACGGCCUCUUCGUUGCCGCCCAGCCCGACCUCCGCGCCCGCCGCGACGUGCCGCCACAGCCCAAGCUCCUGCAGCGCACCCCCACCUCCGUCACCCUGGUGGCGCACCCCCCCGGACCCGGACUCAAGACCCUGCCCGGCGCGCGCAAGCCGCCCAGCUGCUACGUGGCCUACUGCAAGUCCUUUGGCGCAGGCGUAGGACUGUCCAUGAAUAAGACUGCCAUCGAGUACCCGGGUUCCGGCGUCAUGGUGCCCUUGGGGCAGCCCGUGACCAUCCAGGGGCUGCGCAGCAAUGACACCUACCUCUUCGCGGUUGCGCUGUACGACGACGACGGCAACAUCGUGGGAGGCCUGGGCACCAGCACGCCCGAGGUGCUGGUGGCGCUGCCGCUGCCCAUCUUCAUGUGCUGGACGCACCUGCUGGCGGCAGCCGUGCGCGCGGGCGCAUGGGUGGCUGCAAAGCGCGCCGCGGCGGUGCUGCUGCCGCACUUUGUCAUCACCACGCCGGACGUGCCGCUGUGGCGCGCGAACCCCAUGGACGCGCAGCGCCUGCACCGAGCACAUGUGGCGGCAGCCGCGCGGCCGCUGCUGCGCGCGCUGGUGCAGAGCAUCUACGUGUACGGCGGUGCUGCGCUGCUGCGAGGCGGCGGCGUGGUGAGCAUCAGCAGCACCACCACCGCCACCAUCUCCCCCGCGGCGCCCGUGCCGCAGGUGGCGCUGCCCUGCACGCUGCCGCAGCUGCGCGCGCCGUUCCUGGAGGAGCAGGUGGCGCGGCUCAAGGCGGCGCGGCUACUGGUUCUAGGCAUGGAGGUAUCUGCGCUGCUGCCGGACGAGCCGCUCAUGCAGGAGGGCGCGCUGCGGACGUACCAGCUGCUCGCGCCUCUGCUGGCGCUGCGUGCGCCGCGCACACCCAUGCUGCAUAAGGCCCUAGCCGCCUGCCAUGCCGUACUGGCCUCCCUAACCAACCUGGUGCAGGACUCGCUGCACCGGCAGGAGCACCAGCGGUCGCUGGCGGCUCGUGUUGCGGCGGCGGUGACGUACCAGCUGUUGCGGCUGAGCGAAGAUGCGGGGGAGGCCGCGGCUUCGGCGCACUUUGGACGGCUGAAGGUGGAACUGCUGCGGGCGUAUGACCCACGGUUCACAAUCGCCGGCCGGCCGCCGCCGCCGGCUGAGCUACAGGAUGAGGCGUCAAGGCUGCAUGACGUGGUGAUGCAGCAUCUGCGGUUGCCAGACUGGGCGCCUGAGCCGAUUGUGGAGCGGCAGAAGGAUGAGAAGGACUUGCCGGCCAGGGUGCUGCCGUUGCUGGCUACGCCGUCUCCGAUGGACGCGUGGGGCGCGGCGCUGGGCUUUGAGACGGCUGUGGAGCACCCAAGGUGGGUGGAGCUGGUGGUGCGCAUGCUGGAGGCGGCGGUGCGGAAGGGCAACCUGGGCAACGCGGCACAAGUGGCGGAGCAGCUCAUCUGGUGGAUCCGCGCACGCACCAAGAUACCGCUGCUGAACCCGCCGGAGCCGCCGCCGCCCCCGCCGCCGGGCGCGCCGGUGCCGCCGCCGCCGCCCCCCGGGUCCCCGCCGCCUCCCCCGCCGCCGCCACCUCCCAAGUGGAUCCUGGAGGAGGCUGCAGCGGCGCUGGACCCCGCCAAGGUGGCCUUCGAGCCGCCUCCGCCUCCCCCCACCGAGGGGCUAGCUCCGGAGGACGCCGCCGCGCUGCUGGCCCGCCACGCCGAGGAGGUGCGGCAGGCGGAGGCGCAGCAGCGGCGGCGGCUGGCGGCGGUGCUGUUCCUGCAGAAGCGCCUGCCCAAGCUGCUGGCGCGCAAGCGAGCAGUCGAGAAGAUCAGGGCGGACCGCAAGCGUUGGGCUCCCUGGCUGUCGCGCCUCAACACCGUGCUGGGCCUGCUCGCUGCCAGUGAGGCACGCAAGUACGUGGCAGCCCUGCCAGCCCGCGCGGCCGCCGCUGCCGCCGCCGCACCCCCUGCACCCGUUCCGGACUCCCGCCCCAACACCUCACCCUCGCCCGCCGCCGCAGCCACCACCGCCGCUGCCUCCCCAACCACAGCUGAAACCGCCACCUUCCGCAUUGGCCCUGACGGCGCCGCUGCCGACGGCGACGACGCCAGCUCGCCGCCCCCGCUGCGCCCCCCCGAGGGCAUCACGCCGCCGCUGCAGGCCAUGAUGCACUUUGCGCGCGCCGCACAGCUAGCGGCCCGCGGCGGGGAGUGGCUGGAGGUGGCGAAUGCGGCGCGGCAUGCGUGGAACCUGGCCCGUGCCGUACUGAGUGCGGAUCCGGCGCUGACGGCGCCGCUGGCGCGUGUGGAGUGGGAUCGCGGGCUUCUUCCGGAGCCGCCGGUGCCGCCUGAGUCGCUGCUGGUGCCUGCCGUGGCGCCGGUGCCGGAGAAGAAGGGCAAGAAGGACAAGGUGAAGAAGGAGAAGCCGCCGCCGUCACCUGCCCAGAAGACCACUCGUGGCAAGAAGGGCGUGGUGGUGGAGGAGGCGCCGCCGCCGCCGCCCCGCACCUACCCGCUCCCGGUGGGCUGCCGCCCCAACAUGGCCCGCGCGGUUCGCUCCCUGGUGGAGGCGCUGCUGGAGCUGGUGGCGCGGCUGCGGGAGGGGCUGCAGCUGCACACUUGGGUGGCGCCGCUGGAGGCGCGGGAGGGCGCAGAGGGGGGUGGAGGGGGAGGGCGGCGCAGGGGGACGACUGAGGAGGAGCGGCCGGCGACUGCGGCGGUGUCGGAGAGUCAGUUUAGUUACGGGUCGGACCUGCAGGUGGACAUCUGGUACAAGGAGGGUCCGCUGGACAUGGCCUGGGUGAGCCGCUUCAUGGCGGCGGUGGCGGUGGUGCUCAGCCGCGGGGAGCGCUGGCAUGCGCUGCUGGAGCUGGGGCGCAGCUGGGCGCGCAUGAACGAGGGGGUGUUCAACGAGCGCAUCAUGCCCUGGCUGCUGCUGGCCGCUCCCAAGGCUGGUCUGGACCCCGCCCCCUUCCAGCAAGCCAUGGACACCCUAAUCCGGGACAAGAACCAGGCACUCGACCAGCUGGAUAAGGUGCGCACGCUGGUUCGCGAGCGGCUGGGCGACACGCCGCUCAUGUCUCAGGGCCUGGGCCACAAGGUGCGCAAGAAGAAGCAGCCGCAGCACCACAAGCACCACGGCUCGCAGCAGCAGGGGGCGCUGGUGCAGGCUGGGGCGCCGGGUGCGGGGGGCGCGCACCGCCGCACUGGGGGUGGCAGCCUGAGCGGCGGCGGGCUGAGCUCGGAGAGCGACCGCGCCAGCACCAUCAGCGCCGCCUACACCUACAAGACCGCCUCCACCUACAAGACCAAGGCCAGUCAGCCGGACUUCAUGCGCAUACCCGCAGAGUAUGAAAAGGUUAUUGAGGUGCUCAAACGGCGCAACGAGAAGAACGCCAUGAUCCUGGCCAUGCACGAGCUGGGCGAUGUACACGCGCACUUCGGCAACUGGGGCGGUGCCAGUACCGCUUGGCACGACACGCUGGACACGCUGCUGGGGCCCUACCAGGCGCUCAAGAACUGGCGCGCCAAGCUGACCGGCAUGAGCCCCGCAGCCACACUGCAGCUGUACGGCUUGCAUGGGCUGUUGCUGGGUGCCGUACUGGCGGGCAAACUGGCGCGCUACACCUACCACGACCACCUGCACCUGCGGCUGGAGUGCUGCCGCCUGGCGGCGAGGCUGGUGUUCUGCGCCUUCUCCGCGCAUGUGGGUCACCCGCAGCGGCCGCUGGGCUUUGCGACCUACACGCCGAGGGAGCUCUGGGCGGCGGGGGCCGACCCGUGGGUCGUUUGGAAUGACCCGUAUCGCUGUCCUGUGGUGGACCUGGCGGGCGCAUUGGAGACGGCGAUGGGGUGUUUGCUGGACAACGGGCUGGCGCUGGAUGCGCUGCCGGUGGUGGCGCUGUGGGAGCAUGUGGCGCGGGAUGUGAUGCGCAGCCUGCACCGCACGGUGCUGUGCAGGAUCAUGCGUUGUCGCGCCCUGGUAGCACUCGGGCUGCUGUCGGAGGGCAUCUCAGUGGCUGCGGGGCUCAUGGGCGCCGCCGACCUGCCCGACCCCACCCUGGACUCCAACUACAUCCUCAAGGACGUGGCGGGAGCGGUGGUGCAGGUGCCCCCCUCGCCUCCCUUCAACAACGCGCUGCUACCCGGCGACCCCGGCAACAAGGCCGCCCUGCUGCACCUGGCGGACACGCAGCUGCCGCCCGCCGUGGAGCGGCUGUACGGCACCUGGCUGGUGGCGCACCUCACGCUGGUGCGCGCGCAGCUGCUUAUGUGCGCGGGCGGGGUGCCCAAUCAGUGGCGCACCACGGACUGGCGCACGGGAGAGAAGCUGGAGCCGCCCAAACCGCCGCCGCCGCCGCCAAAGGGUAAGGCUGGGGGUGCAGCGGCGGCGGCGGCGGCAGCAGCAGCCGCUGCCGCGGCGGCGUCCUCGCUGGACGCGGUGGGUCCUGGUCUGCCCGAGGUGGUGGAGCCGGGCAUGCUGGAGCGAGCCAACGCGCUGCUGCGGCGGGCGCUGGCAAUGGCUCGCGGGGAGGACCAGCCGCUGGCGGAUGAGGUCCCCCCACCGGCUCCCUCCGCUGCUAAGGCCGGCGCCAAAACCUCCCCGCGCUCUACCUCCCCCGCCAAGACAUCCGCCCGCGCGCGCUCCAAGUCACCCGGAGCUGGAAAGGGCGCGCCCACGCCGCCGCCGCCGGAGGAGCCGGCUCCCAGCGGCCCGCCGCCGCCGGCGCCUGCCACCGCGGGGCAGCGCGCCGAGGUGAUGGUGCGCACGCUGCUGCUGCUGUGCGAGCUGGAGCAGCUGCGCUGGCACCCGGGGCGCGGACUGGGCCAUGCGCUGGAGGCGGCGCGCUUCCUGGGCAGUGAGGCGGAGCGCAUCAACACACCGCAGCAGGGCGAUAAUGACGAGCUUGAGCGCUACUCGCUGCUGCCCGUGCUGUGGUUCCUGGCGCGUAUUGCUGCCGUACGCUGCACGGCGCAGCUGGGCCAUGCGGCGCAUGUGCAUGAGCUGGUAGCGUCUGCGGCGGAGCGGGAGGGGGCGACGGUGCAUGAGCAGCUGCACCUAGCCGACAUGGCGCAUCUUGAUGCGUUGGUGCUGGCGCAGGAAGGCCGUACGGCGGAGGCGUUGGCGG